AAAAUGAAAAUGAUCUAUGCAGGAUGCAGACGUAUGAAUAUAUAAAUGUUAUUUGGGUUAAUAACGGGAUAACUUCUGGAAACAAAUAGUGCUGGCGAAUCUUUUUUUUUUUUUUUUUUGAGACCUUGGUUUUUACGGACUUAGAUCUACGGGUUAUUUUCUCCACGAGAGUGACUUAACGACUAGCGUGACCGUCGAUCAAGGUACAAGUCUCUAUAAGAUAUAAAUACCAAUAUGAUUGACUGCUGAUUGGAUUCACUAAAUGAGCUUUUGGACUGCGUUCGAUUAAGCCUUUAUUUUUAAACGAACGUUGAUUCUGACCUGGUCAAUCAGACAGGAAUUUUUUUUUUUUUUUUGAUACAACAGAAACUUUUUAAAAGCUAAACUACGACAAUGCCAGGGGGUAGUUUGUCGUCAAAAGAUCGAGCUAAAUUUUCCAUCGAUGAAAUUCUGAAGCCUUCAUUCGGUCGCUCAAAAAACCUUGACCCAGACAAGGGUCGCAGUGGAGGUCACGAGAAUGAAGAAGAGGACAACGGGCUCAAUGACGCAUGUCGGCUUUCAGAAGAUGUCACUGCCAUGUCACACAGCGACGUCAGUAGAUGCAGCAGCUAUGACACUGAUAGCGAUGACACAGAGAAUGGCCGGAACAGCUGUCAAAGUCCUAGUCUUAAAGCUCAUGAGAUCAAUGACAAAUCGAUACAUAACUUAGGCGCUUUCCCGUAUCUGUUUCACCACAACUACGCCAGCCACCAGCUCCACGGCGCCCUGGGGAACCAAAAAGACUUUUAUUUGCCUUACGGCUUUAACAUUGGGGCUCAGGUUCACUUCAUGAACCCUUUUGGGCACAUCUUUCCAAGUCUGUAUGCCACGUGCUACAGCAGCUAUUUAAACGAUGAAUUCCUUCGCAUUCAUAGCAAACAAAACAUGGAACAAAGUGCCGACAACCUCUCUUCAGAUUUACAACCAAGGACAGACAACCACUGCAGUACUAAACUAAGAAAUCCACAGUUUGUGAUGGAACAAUUCUCUAAGGCUGAGGAAAGACUCAGUAAGUUGGACAAUGCCGACAUUAAACCAAAAGACUUUAAAGACAUUUACUGUAAGCCUGGGAAUGAGAAAGCCAUUUCCUCUGAGCGAAAGAGAUCUUCAACAAGCGACGUUCUGAGUGGCCAAGGGAGCAAACCAAAAGUGAUGAAACAGGAAAAUUCUAGCUCAAAGAAAAGUGGUACUGACCUAAAACCUACAGGUACUCUAGCAAGCCAGAAGGAUCUAAGCAACCUCCCUGCCUGGGUUUUCUGUACUCGAUACUCUGACAGACCGUCUUCAGGUCCCAGGUACAGGAAACCACGACAGAAGACAAAAUCGGAAAUUGACAAAAGACCAAGGACAGCAUUUUCCUCCCAGCAGCUGCAACGCUUGAGGCUAGAGUUCGAGUCUUGCCCAUAUCUAUGUGAAAAGAGACGAAGACAGUUAUCUGUAGAGCUGAACCUCAGUGAAUCCCAGGUGAAAAUCUGGUUCCAGAAUAAGAGAGCCAAACUGAAGAAGAGGACAGGUCGUCGAAAUGGUCUCGCGUUAAGGCUGAUGGAGGAAGGACUUUACAAUCACAGUACCAUAGUAGCCGACGACAGCAGUGACCAGGACUCACAGAUGGACAGUACCUCAUCUGCAUGACACGUUUACACAGCCCCGAAGUGAUUAUAGUAGUACUAUUACAACCACACAUCAUCGAUUGUCUAUAAACCUCGGUAUAUAAUGGAUUUACAAACUAUACUAUAAAAAGCUGCGCAGCCCCAAGUCCGAAACAAAACAUUUCUCUGAAGUAAAGGGACAUUCACAUUUUUACAAGAAUGCCAUUAUUUACUUUUAAGGAUAAUUUUUUUUUAAAGAAACAAAGCUUCUGUAAAUAUACCUUGAAUGUGAUGAACACUACUAAAUGAAGAACACUACCAUAUGAUGGCCAUUACAUUAUACUGACCACUACCGAAUGAUGACCACUAGAGAAUGCUGUCAAAUACAAUAUGAUUACCAUUAAAAAUGGUUGACCACUGCAGAUAGACGAUCACUAAGAAUGAUGAUCACUAGAGAAUGAUGGCCACUACAUUAUACUGACAACUACCGAAUGAUGACCACUACAUUAUACUGACCACUACCGAAUGAUGACCACUACAUUAUACUGACCACUACCGAAUGAUGACCACUGGAGAAUGCUGUCCAAUACAAUAUGGUUACCACUAAAAAUGAUUGACCACAGCAGAAUGACGAUCACUAAAGAAUGAUGAUCACUAGAGAAUGAUGACCACUACUUUAUACUGACCACUACCGAAUGAUGACCACUAGAGAAUGCUGUCCAAUACAAUAUGAUUACCACUAAAAAUGGUUGACCACUGCAUAAUGACGAUCACUAAAGACUGAUGAUCCUUAGAGAAUGAUGGCCACUACAAAAUGAUGAGCGCUAUAGAAUGCUGACCACUAAAAAAUGAUGUAUGAGAUGCAGACUAAUAAGCCUAAUAAGAGAAAUCACAGACAAGCUUAUCUUCAAGGACAUCUUCACUGUACAUAGUUGGGGUGGGGGAGGGGUGCGGAGUAUUGAGAGACUACAUGAGUAAAAAUGAUGGGACAAGAAAGUUCGGGGAAGUGAAAUUUUACUAUAAUAAUCAGAAUCCAGUAUUCAAAUAUGACAUGGGAAUCAGUGUUGAUGUGUAUAUGUGAUACAGAGAGAGAGAGAGAGAGAGAGAGAGAGAGAAAGAAAGAAAGAGAUAUGCAAAGAGACAGAGAAAGACUGAAAGACUUACCAAGAGAGAGAGAGAGAGAGAGAGAAAGAUAUGCAUAGAAAGAGAGAGAGAGAGAAAAUAUAGAAAGAGAGAGAGACAGAGAAUACGAGAAAAUGUAGGAUGUCCAUGUAAUUAUCACAUAACAGAAUCACAUGUUUUGUACAUUUUGAUCUUUUUUGUUUUCAUAUUUUGUUCAAGUCCAAAUGUAGACAAGAAACAAAUAAAUGUGAAAAGUUCA